AUGGAUUAUAAAAGAGGUCUUAAGUUUCAUAAAUUAGAUAUGGUUGGGGAAUUCUCCUCUUUUAGAUAUACUCAAAAGACAUUAUAAAGGAUGAAGGCAGUUGGAUUAGUUUAGAUUAAACAUAAUUUAAAUAGUAAUUCUAGGAGGAAUCAUGAUACAUUUUGUGUUAAUUAAAGGAUUUUAUAUGACGGAGUUAAAAGAUUAGAAUUCAUAAAGGAAGAGCAAUAAAAUAUUGAAGUUAUACCAUUCAACAUUUAAUGGUUUCAUUCCUUUAUCCCAAAAGAAUUUAUGUCAUAGAACAUGAGGUAUGUUUUUAUGAUAAUUGAAGUAUGGCUUUAUAGAAUAACAAUUGA